AUGUACGGCCACAGCUGCAACCAACAGCACAUCCCGUAUGUCCCCUCCCGUAUGAAGUAUGUCUACCUACAGCGCAACCAGAUCACAGGCAUCCAGGACGGGGUCUUUGACAACGCCACCAGCCUGGUCUGGGUCAUGCAACACCAGAACCAGCUCAGCUCCGACAAAGGUGGGCAAGAACGUCUUCAGCAAGCUCAAAAACCUGGACCGCCUGUACUGGCAUAACAAUGAGGUGACCUGCGUGCCCACGAACCUGCCCUAGUCCAUCAAUGAUCUACACCUGUGUCACAGCAAGAUCUCCAAGAUCCAGUGGCCGUGGUCGAAUCUGAAAAGUUACUGCAUCGAAUUUCACAAUAUAGUUGCCUAAGAUUUACAUUUUUAUUACGAAGAGAUGGCUUAUUGUUUAAUGUUUUCAACUUUCAGAUUGUUUUCUCUCUCACCUGACCAACACAUGACCAACAACAAAACAACAUUCCCAACCAUUGCUGUCAGGGAGGUAUUCAAGAAGAAAUCACCAAUAAACUGUGCCUUCUCUCUCUGUCCUCAUGUCAGAGUUCUUCCAAUGAGGUUUCCGGUGUGUGUUGGACAUGAUGAAUUACUCCCAGCUCAGAGUGCUGCGUAUGGAAGUCAACAAGAUCAGUGCCAAAGAUGUCCCUGCUUAG